GUGAACAUCUCGGAGGAGAAUCUGCUGGAAAUCAUUCGGGCGCGCCUCCAGCGCGAGGAUUGCAUUCUACAAGGAAUCGUGGUCGACGGUAUCGAGAGCAAGUUUGUCGGUAAUCCGGUGACUAUCCUCAAGGCCAUCAUGCGUGGAUUGGGUGAGCGAAAGAAAUUUGUUUUCUUCAACGUCAGCCUCGACGUACCGCACAUCCGCGAACGAGAAAUGGUCGAAAACAAAGCGCAAGGAGACAAGGAGCUGGCCAUGCUUCAGGUCAAGGACCUGACCGAAGAAGAGUACGAUGCCAUGUCCGAGCUGGAGAAGGAGCAGUACGACACUGGGCUGCUCAAAUAUAAGCGCCGGCUCAAAGAAAUCCAAGACCGCCGCAAGGUCGAGCGGCGACACUGGGAAGAGGAGGUUGCCCAACGCAUGGGGGAACGCAAAGUUGAAGAGGAGGCCAAGCCUGUCAAAAAAAAGACCGCCCGGGGUGCUCGGAGCACCGCCGGCAAGAGCAGCGACAAAUCGACGGGCAAGAGCGCCAAAGCUGGCGAGAAGGGUGGAGGCGGAGGAUCGCCCAAGCUCGCCCGGAAGACUGUCUCGGACAGAAAUGACAAGGGCAUGCCCGACAAGGCCGAGAAGUCAGAUCGAGAUCGUCCCGAUCGCCUCGAGAAGCUGGAGGACGAGAAUGCCUCGCGGCUUACGCUCAGCGAGUACGGAGACAUUUUCUUUGCCGAACAGACAUCAAGGCGUUACGAAGCCUAUGCCGCCGCCCUGGAGGCCAUGAUGGUGUUCAUCAAGGAAGGCGACAAGCCCAAUGCCGCACGAGCGGCAAACGGACCCGGAGCAAACGAUGCACGCAAGCCCACCAAAGCCGCCUCUAAGGUGCCAUCGACAGGGGCCGCCAUCAGCACGCAAGAGCCGCCUCCAGCCGGAAGCACCGUGUUUACCGAUGGUGAGCUGCAUGUGACCGAAGACGGCACGCAGGUUUCGUACCAAGAGGUCAACGGCGCCAUGGACGAGGCCAGCUUGUUCAAGGCCAUGGCCGAGCAUAUCCCCAAGAAAGAAGAGACCGCCCCCCCUCCCGAGCCCGUGGACGUCAUCCCAGCACCGCUCGUUGAGCAAAUCGUGCACUUUCCCGGGGAGCGUGAUGUGCAUCCUCUGCAGCAACACUUCUGUCUUCUCCCUCCUGUCACGGCUGCCGAAGCGGAAGAGGAGGGAGCUGCUCAGCCCGACGGCUCGGUCAGCGUGGUUGUUCCGACGAUCAAGACCGAGCCCCAGGCCCCAGGGAAAAAGACACGCUUUACAAACAAGUUUGCUGAGGAUACCAGGGUGCCCGAAAAUGAGGAAGAGACUGUGGUCAAGGAUGUCCAGACAAAGUUCCGGUGGAUAGUGCAGCCCAAGGAAAAGAAGGAGCUGACGAUCCGAUUUUCGUCCAACGAGACCGGAAAGUUCGAACAGACAAUUACUUUUGAGAUUGUCGGUGGCCGUGGAAAGUUCAGUCUCCACUGCGUUGGGUUCUGCCAACACUCGCAAAUCAACGGCGACUACCGCAAGAUCUUCAGCAAGUUCAGAAAAUCCAAGGAAGAGAAGGCGAUUGUGCACGGCGAAUUCAUUGCCUCAACAUCAACCUUUGAGUUUGGUCCACUCCUCUAUAGCAAGCCGCGCGAAAAGUAUUUGGAAAAGUUUCCCGAGAAUCGUGCCAUCUUGACGAUCACGAACGCAACUACCAACGACAUCAAGAUCCACUUUUCGCUCAAGCACGAUGUCAAGUCCGAUGUCUUUUUUUACGAGCCCGCGAUCAUGGACCUCGGGCCGCAACAGACCUUGCCGUUCACGCUCUGGGCUUAUCCGCGGUCGUCCAACACCUUCGAGGACACCUUGAUUUGCUGCGUGAGAGACAACCCAGAGCCCUAUUUGUUCAAGGUGUCGUGCAUCGGCGUCAAGCCCGAGCUUGAGAUCGACAAGAAGUUCUUGUCGUUUGACAAAAUUUUGCUGGGUCGCACGGAGAAGCGUGAGAUCAAGCUCAAGAACAAUACUUACAUGCCCGUGGCGUGGAAGUUGGUGGGUGUCGAUGGUCUUGGAGACGAGUUUUCGGCUGCCCCGACAGAGGGCAUCAUUGACUCAUUCACAGAGAGUGUCGUCACGGCCGAGUUCCACGGCAACAAGCCCGUCGUUGUCAAGCGUAUGAUUCGUCUUGAAGUCUCCGACACCGAGAAGAUUGGCGGUGUCGUUCAGGAAGUCCCCAUUCUGGUUACUGCAGAAGCAUAUGACAUUGCCGUUGAUGUGCACUUCCCAAAAGGCUACGAAGGCGGCAUUGACUUUGGUGUGCUCAAAGUCAUUCCUCCCAAAGAUCCCAAGGACCCCAAGGACCCCAAGGCGCUCAAGGACACAGCAGUCAGUCCUCCUGAGGACACCGUCAAGCUGGAGACCAAAACGUGGACCCUCAAGAACAAGGGCAAGUACGAAGUUGGCUACCGGAUCGUCUAUGAGAAAGAGGAGUACAAGUACAUGUUUCCGAUCGCGCCGUCGGUGGGUCCUCUCCAGCCCUCAGAUAAGCCGGUGUCGGUGACGAUUGGGAUACGGCCGUCGCACGAGUUUACUCUCAAGGACAUUGUCAUUGCCCGAUAUCAGUUUUUUGAGCCAUCGACACUCGAGGUUACUGCGACGGUGCCUGUGAAGAUAUGUGCCCGUACGGUCUUCAGUCGGUUCUCGGUCCUGCCUGUGCAGGACCUGAACUUUGGCGCCCUAGUCUUUGGAAUCAAGGGCACGCGUCAAUUCACGAUCGAAAACAUGGGUGAAUUUGAUUUCAAGUACGGCAUUUACAAGAUUGUACAGGGCAUGCUCGACGCCAAGCAAGGAAAGCGCACCAACACAUCCCGCAUGUCCAAGAUUGUUCGACCGAACUCCCCACCGCCGACGACCAAGGGCCCAAACCGCAAGGAGUUUUCAAAGAUGGGCGACGCAGCCAACUUUGGCGCCUUCACCGUGUUUCCCACAAAUGGCACCGUGGCUGCCGGCAUGAAGCAGCAAAUAACCGUCGAAUUCCACUCCGACACCCCCGGGAGCUUUGAAGAGAUGAUUGCCCUUGAUAUCUCCGACCGACCGCCCACCGAAGAUGUGAUCGCCUACCGACUGAUGGGCGAGAGUUGCGUACCAGGCAUCAACACGUAUGACUUGAGCUCGAUUUUCGAGGAGCACACCAUCUGCAAACGGCUGGAGCUGUUCAAUUCUCAGGGCAAUAUCUACGCCGAGGAGGAUCGCGUCUUUUACUUUGGCGCUUAUCUGGUCUUUUCGCAAGGCCAGGCGCGGUUCAAGAUCAUUAAUCCUUACAAAAUCACCUGCGACGUGUCGCUUGCGACAAAGCCUCGGUCCAAAACCAAGUCUGACACAGCCGAUUUCGCCUUUGACGUUGAUCCAAAGAAGCUCACUAUCCCGAGCCACGAGUACCGCUAUGUCACCGUGAGUUUCCACCCCACCCUCAUCCAAUCGUAUGCCGGCAUUUUUGAAGCGGUCGUGGAGAAUGUCAGCGAGUCCAAGUCCAAGAUUCUGUCGUUUGAGAUUCGAGGCGAGGGCAGCCUCCCUCGCGUCGUCAUCGAGAAGCCCACGACAAAGUCCAAGCUUGGAGCUCCCCUACUCAAGUUCCGUCGGAUUCUUGUUGGGGCCUCGCAGAGCCAGUCGAUUCUGGUCAGAAACGAAGGCAUACUGCCGGCGACAAUCAAGUUCGAGUGGGGUCCAAAGGACUCCUCGGACUUUGAGUGCGGCAGUGUCAACAAAACUCACACUCUACGACCGCAGGAGAUGAGGUCGUUUGAACUGCUGUUCACGCCGCGCAGCAUACGGAAGGUUGAGUCCGAUAUUCGCAUCCGUGUCAUCGACAAUAACUUUGAAGACAUCGUCGUCCAGCUUGCUGGAGAGGGUUACAUGGACGAUCUUACCUUUGAUAACCUUGGCGGCGAGUCAAAUCAAAACGAACUGAUCAUGAGCGACUGCCACCUCAACGAAAUCAGAACAUGCUCGUUUUUGGUUGGCAACAACUCCAACGAUGUCCUGAGGAUCAUCUGGCCUGAAAAUACCGACUUUGUCUUUUCGCCUAUGGUGGCUCAUGUUCGGGCCAAGGGAAGCAAGGAGUUUGGCAUAUCGUUUUGCCCGAAGCAGCCCUGCGAUUACAAGGCUGUGCAGCUGGCGUGCAAGUCCAUCAAGAUUCGUUAUACCGGAGCCACGCUCGAGUCCGACUGGGACGAUCGGAGCAAAGCAAUCAAGUGGACAACCGACCGAGGCGGCAAGGAUGCAACGGCUCCGCGCAAAGUCGUCGAGACCUACCCCGAGCCCGCCUACGAGAUGGCCCAGGGCGCCAUAUUCACCGAGCACGUGCUCUUGGUCUCUGCCUUUGCUGAUUACUGCGAGUACGAGUGCGACAUCAACGCAAUCAACUUCAAGAGCACCUUGAUGUUCCAGACGCGUGUCUACCGGUUCUCGGUCAAAAACACGGGCAAAGUCGUUCUCAAGUACACCUUUGGGUUCUACACCGACAGCGGUCAGCCUGUGGACCAAGCCUACGACGACUGUCCAUUCUCGGUCGUCCCUGCUGGUGGGUCGAUCGAGGUGGGCGAGGCGCUGGUUGUGACGGUGCGAUUUGCACCCCAGGACGUCGCGAGCUACAAUUUCACCCUUUACGGAAUGAUGCCGAAUCUGCACAAGGAGCAGAAAGCUCUUGUCAUCAAAGUAUCUGGAGAGAGUCUUCGGCCAUUCUGCCACUUUGAGCUGAGCGACAGCGACUACAUCACCGGGGAGCGUCGCAACCCUGAAGUCAGCGCCGCCAACGGUGUUCCGGUCACCCUCGAGCCCAAUACCAAGGUGGUGGAAUUUGGCUCGUGUGGUGUCCGUGUUCGCAACACAAAGCGCUUUUACAUCGUCAACCCAACCAACACCACCUACGAGUUUGAGUGGACACAUGAGGCCGGUAACGACGCCAAAGUCUUUCGGUGCCUCACCCCGAGGGGAAUUGUGCUGUCCACGAAAAAGUUUGAGAUGGCGUUCGAGUUCACUCCCGAGACCAUUGAGCUCAAGGAGUCGCUCUGGCGGUUUACCAUUCUGGGACAUAAUCUAUCGAUCCCUUUCCUGCUGGUGGGCCAAGCCCUUGAGCCCAACGUCUUCAUGGAUCGCGUCAGCGUUAACUUCAAGUCAAUUCUUGUCGGCCGCCAGGCUCGAGAAGUCGUCAAACUGGUCAACAAUGAGUCAAUUCCAUUCGCGUUUGUUUUUAACGAGACAUCCUUUGAGCUGAGCCCCGACGGCACACCGGUUCUUCAGUACUCCCCAUCAUCAGGUACGGUGGGUGCACAUGGUGAAGUUCCGAUCGACGUUGUCUUUUGCCCGUCGUCGGAAAAGUCGUUCAACUUCAACCUGAUGUGCAAUGUACGCAAGAAACCCACGCCUGUCGGCAUCAACAUCAAGGGUGAGGGCUAUGAAAUCCAUGAGUCUCUCCAGAGCGAGCUGGCCGAUGGAUCGGUCUUUGAGCUGGUGUCGAGUCCCGGAGACAACACCAUUGACUUUGGACAGGUUCAGCUCAACGAAAAGCGAUUGAAGAAUGUCACCAUUAUCAAUUCGGGUCGAUUCAACUUUGACUACUCUUGGAAGUUCCUCAAUAAGCCCGGUGGCUUGCUGAGCAUCUCUCCCGAGAUCGGCACUGUCAACAAAGGCGAGCGUGCUGUCUGCGAGAUUACCUUCCUUCCAUCGUCCAGCAUUUGCCUUAAAAAUGUCAAGGGCAUUUGCCAAAUUGUCAACGGACGCACCUAUACUGUCAGCAUCACCGGUAGCGGAUGCAAGCCCAUGCUCAAGCUCUCCAAGACGGUGCACGACUUUGGCACGCAGUUUGUCCAGCGACAGGGAUUGACUCCAGCCAGCACCACAGUGACGGUGACCAACGACGACGUCAAAGAGGUGUCCUAUGAUAUUAUUGCGCCAGACACGGGUGUUUUUGAUAUCCAGCAAGGUCCCCGUACCCUUGCUCCUGGCGAGAGCUCGGUCAUCGAGGCGACUUUCUACCCCAAGGAGCCCAAAAAAUACUCCGAGAUCGUUACGAUCGAUGUCAACAACCUGCCUACGAUGCAGCUGGAGUUACUAGGCGAAGGCACAGAGUUCAAGAUCGAGGUUCUCAAUCUGGAAAAUCGGGCCCUCAACUUUGGCGCUGUACGGGUGGGACAUGUGGUCACACGUACCGUCAAAAUCAUCAACCGCAGCCCGAUCCAGACUUUGUUUAGUCUGGGCACGCCAGCAAGCAUCGAGGCUCUCUCGGCCAACAUGGUUACAUUUGCGCAUCCGCUCAAUGAAAUCACAUUACGCCCCAAGGGCAUACUCAACUUGGAUCUCAAGUUCUAUCCGCAGCAGAGAAUCCCCCCGUUCUCUGAAGAAGUUUUCCUAGAGGCCCCGGGAUUUUCCAGACCGCUGUUUGUUGUUAUGGGGGCAUGUCAAGGAAUCGAGGUCAAGCUUGAAAACGAAACCUUGCCCUUCGGGGCGGUGGUUCAGAGGAGCUGUACAACGCGUAGGAUCCAGCUGCAGAAUGUCGGCGAUAUUGGAGCAAAGUUUCACUGGGACAUCUCAAAGCUCUCACCAGACUUUUCGGUCUCUCCGCACGAAGGAUACAUAUCUCCAAGCAUGGAAAUCCCGCUGGAGAUUGAGUUCCAUCCGACAGAAGUCAAUCCAGAUAUUCGGUACGAGAACGUUCCGUGUAUCAUUGAGGGAUCGGCCCCAAUUUACCUGACCCUCACCGGAAUGUGUGUGAGUCAGCCACUGCAAAACGAAGCAGUCAAGUUCUCGUCGCCUGUCCGACAAUCAGAUGUAAAAAGCAUCACCCUCACGAACAAAACAACGACCCCUUGGCGCAUCCGCCCGAUCAUCGACAAUGAGUACUGGUCUGGUCCGGAGGUCUUUGACGUCGAGGCGGGCCAGACAAAGUCCUAUGACGUCGCUUUCACCCCCUUGGACAUGAUCGGAUCCGGCGAUGCCGGACGACACGAAGGGUCGAUAUUUUUCCCGCUACCGGACGGCAACGGAAUGCUGUACAAGUUGUACGGCACCGCCGAGAGACCCCUGCCUGCUGGCACCAUCACGCGCGAAGUGCCCUGUAAGACGCCUUACACCGAAGUAAUCUCGGUGACCAACUGGCUGAAGCGCCCACAGCGGUUCCGGGUAGUUACCGAAGUCGCCAAGGCCGAUCCAUCCGUUAUCCUCAAGGGCCACGACUUUAUCGAUGUUCCUGGGCUUCUGACCAAGGAAUAUAAGCUGUCGUUCUACGCUUAUCGUGAGGGCAUUACCAACGCCAAGGUGACAUUCAAGAACGAGCAAACCCAGGAAUAUCUGUUCUACAACCUGGCCUUCAAAUCGACUCCGCCGGGCGUGAUAGGGGUGCUGGAGCUCAACAGUGUGGUCCGUCAAGUGAACUCCAAGGAAAUAACUCUCAACAAUCCGCUGAACAGCCCCGUCACUUUUACUGCCGCGUGCCCUCAUCCAGAGAUUACGCUGCCACAUACAUUCACGGCACAGGCCAAAUCGGAUGCCGUAUGCUUGGUUGAGUUUCUACCGCUCCUCCCACGCGAAGCAACAACUCGGCUGACGAUCACGAGCCAGGAUCUCGGACUUUAUCAAUACGACAUGAGGCUCAUCUCAACCGUCGCAUCGCCCGAACGAAGCUUGCAUUUCAAAGUUGGCCUUGGGGGAAGUCAAACGCAAAUCUUCCGCUUUUUGAGCUAUGCAAAGUCCAAGACAGAGUUCACUUGCAAGGCAGACAGUCCUGACUUUAGUGUCGAAAAAUCGGUCACGGCGCCCUCAGCUUCAGGCAGCGGAGUCGAAGUAUCCCUGGAUGUCACAUACGAGCCUUCCAAGCUUGGCGACGUUCGCACCCAGCUGGUGGUGUCCUCGUCGACAGGCGGCGACUACUGCUGCUCGCUCUACGGACACUGCAUCGCACCACGACCUCAGGGCCCCAUAACCAUCAAAGCAGGAUCGGCCGCCUCGGUUCCGUUCAAAAAUGUGUUUGCCCAAUCUGCAACGUUCACGUUCGUGAUGGACAAUGCUGCCUUCACCGUCAAGGCCACCGAGGCCAUUCCGGCCAAAAAGACAAUCACGAUGGCAAUCACUGCCCUCCCGAUCUCGGCCCAAGCUGCUGCUUCGAAACUCCCAAAGUUUGGCAAGCUCACCGUCACUCACAAAGGAAGCAAUAUCAGCUGGGUUUACUAUCUCAAAUCGGCAUGAGCACCGAUGAUGAUACUCGGAGACGCUUCCACGAUGCAGUGGGUCAAUACAGAUGGCUUUUACAGCCUAUCCAAUAAAGAACGGGACACCCUUGAUUUUGAC